UUUUUAUCUCUUGCUGCAUCGUCUAAAUUCCUGAUUAACAGUGGAUAUCAAUUUUCAUCAAAUGAUGCACUGCGAAAUGUAACGCGAAAAGAAUUUGGUGCGAUGUUUGAAUUUAUAGUGCAACAGUUAGAUCCAAAUUAUAAACUGAAUGGAAAGCUUGAAGAGAUUCCAAAGUUUUUCCAUGAUUUUGGAUAUCCAGUAGUGAUUAAAUUAUCAACUAUGCAAACAAUCGGUGCAGCACAUACAAUGCCACAUUUAUAUGGAGCUCUUUCUUGGCUAAUCGAUGCUAUUGAGGAAAAUUUGGAGAUGCUCAAACGAGAAAUGGAAGAUCAGAAAUUAGAUUUAGAGAAAUUGCAGAAUUUGAACGAUCAUUUAAACGAAAAUUGUCAACAAUUGCAAAUGAAAAAGGUUUGA